AUGGCUACAUUAUGUUCAUUAGUUCAAUGUGCUCUAUUGCCUUAUCGAGAAGGAAAUGUUAACAAUAAUUCUGAACGUCAAAUGCUUCAAUUUGACGGUGCUCUAGCUUUGGCUGAUUCCACAACUUCAACAACACUUUCUAAUGGAUCUGAAUGUUUUGAUAGAUUUAAGAAUGAUUUUAAGGAAUGGGGGCAUAUAAUUAAUGAAUUGGAGGUGAUUAAAGGGGAUUUGGAUUUACUUAAACAUGAUGUUCAGAGAAACACAUUAAAUGGAAAUGAAAUGAUACAAGAUGUAUUAAAUCAAAUAAAGAGAACAACCAAUUUAAAUACAAAUUUAUUUCAACAAAAUUUAUUUAUUACAAAUUAUUUAAAUAGAUUAUUUAAUGUCCAAUCUUCUUUAAAAAAUUUUGAAUCUAAUUUAGAGAAUACGAGAAGUUCUGUUUUAAAUUCUACAAGAAGAUUGAAAUUAGAUGAAGUUAAUGAAUUAACUACGGCUUUGGGGGAAAUUGGGCGGGAAUCUGUGGAAUUGAAAGGUGCUUAAUUUAAUUUGUUUGGAAGUUGAAAUAAAUAAAUUUGUUUGGAAAGUGUUUAAUUUCACAUUAGUUGAUAAAUUCGAGUUCCCUUC